UUAUGAGGUUGGUUUAUGCAGUUGAACUUGCAUGAUGAAAUAGAGUUGUUUUAUAUAUAACGGCUGAGUUAAAAACAUUUUAUCAUAACCUCACUAAUGUGUGAAAAAUGUCUUUGUAUAAGAAAUUCUGUACAUAACAGUGAAUUCCAGUUAUGGUAGCUUUACAAAAAGAUGAAAGAUAUCACAGUACUCUGAUUUAACUAAACAAAUGUGGCAUUUAAAUGUUGUUGAUGUGUAUUUAUAUAAUUGUUACAGCAUUUAGAAAAUAAUGGCACCAUCAGGAAGAAAAUCCACAGGGAAAACAACCAAACUAACACAGGAAGGUGCAUCUGUGCAUGUCUAUAAAUUUGAAGAUGACUUAAAAAAACAUCUGAGUGGUUCUGACGAGGACAUUAGAGAAGAUGAAGCUCCAGUGAUUGAUAAACAUGGGAAGAAAAGACCAGUAACUCCUCAUGCAGGAGUUGAGGAUGAUGUUGGGGGAGAAGUGCAGAAUAUGCUAGAACGAUUUGGAGCGGAUAUUAACAAAGCUCUUCUGGCUAAAAGAAAAAGAUUAGAAAUGUAUACCAAGGCUUCCCUUAAAACAAGCAACCAGAAAAUAGAAUUUCUUUGGAAAACGCAACAGGAACAAAGGCAAAAGGUUAACCAUGAGUAUUCUCAGCAGUUCCUGCAUGUAUUUCAACAAUGGGAUGCCGAUAUACAGAAAGCAGAGGAACAGGAAGAAAAGCUAGUGAAUGUAUUUCGACAACAACAGAAAGCUUUCCAGCAAGCAAGAAUAGUUCAGAGUCAAAGGCUGAAAACAAUUAAGUUGUUGUAUGAACAGUUUAUAAAGAGUAUGGAAGACAUGGAAAAGACUCAUGAAAGUCUUUUAGCAGGGGCACAAAGUGAACUUCGCAAAGAAAUGUCCAUGUGGCAAAAGAAAAUCAUGAUGGACACACAACAGCAAGAGAUGGCAACUGUUCGCAAAUCUCUUCAGUCCAUGUUAUACUGAUGGUUCAAUGGAGAAACAACUUGUACCUAAAUAAUACGAUACAAUUAUACACAUUAGCCAUUGUGAGGAGAAA